AUGACGUCUCGUUUGCAGGAAGAUCCUGUCUUGCUCAGCGCCAUGGCUAUGAACCAGAUCCCCGGCCAUAACAUCUACAUCGGAGGCAUCUUUUGCCUCAAAAACAAAGCGGCUCUUGAACGGGCCAAUGUCACUCAUGUGGUGUCUGUUUUAAGACUCUCUCCGUCCGAGGACAUCUUCGCAGGCUAUCAGCAUCACAAGAUCGAUGUUGACGAUGUUGACGAUGAUAAUCUUCUCGAGCAUAUCCCGGCUGCUAUCAGGUUCAUUCAGGCCGGCUUAGACGCCGGCGGCAGUGUCCUUGUGCAUUGUGCAAUGGGCAAGUCCCGAUCCGCGACUGUCUGCAUUGCCUACUUGCUCCACCAGCAGCGUAGCGGGCUCACACCGGACUCCGCACUCGAGCUGAUUCGCCAGUGCCGGCCACUCUGUGAACCCAAUGACGGCUUCAUGGAACAGCUGAACCUUUACCAUGAGAUGGGAUGUCCAGAGGAGGUCGCGGAUCACCCCGUGUACCAACGCUGGCUAUACCGUCGCGAGGUCGAGGAAAGUGUGGCAUGCGGGCGUGCCCCAGAAAUCAAGUCAAUCCGUUUCGAAGACGAGCAGCCUCAACGGCCUCAGGAGGAUACCGGCCGAACGGUGGAGAUUAAGUGUCGCAAGUGCCGGCGUGGGAUUGCCUCGACUCCAUACAUCAUUUCUCACGAACAGGAGAAGCAAGAGAGCGCCAAAAUUCGAUCGAAUACGGAGUGCGCCCAUGUGUUUUUACACCCAAUGAAGUGGAUGCGCUCAAGCUUAUUCCCUGAAGCGGGCCCCAAUGACUAUGAGGGCGAUGCCCCCUUGUCCGGCCGCUUGACAUGCCCUCAUGGCGCCUGCGGGGCCAACAUUGGCAAGUUCGCAUGGCAGGGCAUGCAGUGCAAUUGCGGUCAUUGGGUGGUUCCGGCCAUCGGCCUUGCCAAAGCCCGAGUCGACAUUGCCAAUAAGGUUAAUCCUACCCGGGGAGCAGGGAACCCUUCCCCGGCCGCAAUAGGUAUUCGUAUGCCUCCAGGGAUGCGGUCUUCUGAAACGGGCGAUGGUCCUGGGCGCGGAAACUUGUGA